AUGUGUCUUUACUUGGUUAUCUUCGUAGUAUUAGCCUAUGUGGCUUGGAUCAAAUGGGUUUUCUGCCGACAUCACUGCAGUUUGGAGAACCUGCUGAAACAUGUGAUGAACAUUUCAUCAGACAGACAAACAAACGUCAGGGCUCUGGUUGUGACUGCGCAUCCGGAUGAUGAAUGUAUGUUCUUCGCGCCAACGAUUAUACGACUGGUUGAAAAUAACGUCACGGUUCAUUUGCUGUGCUUAUCUGAAGGAAACUACUACAACCAAGGAGCACAACGUAGAAAAGAACUUCUAAGCAGCUGUGCCGUGUUGGGAAUCCCAGCCUCCAGAGUCACCAUAAUAAACCACAAAAACCUUCCGGAUGAUCCCACAGCAGAAUGGAGCGUCUCAUUAAUCUCCUCCGCAGUAGUCCAGUACAUCUCAGCUCACUCCAUCAACAUGGUGCUGACGUUCGAUGGAAGAGGAGUGAGUGGCCACGCCAAUCACGUAGCCAUCAAUAAAGCUGUCAGACAUCUGGCUUCCACAGGAGGAGUGCCCAAAGACUGUGUGCUGCUCUCUCUGGUGACGGUCGGCCUUUUCAGGAAGUUCAUCUCCUUCCUGGAGAUUCCCCUCAGCUGUCUUCUGCCCUCACGUCUCUGCUGUGUUGUCGGCUCACGGGGCUACAAACAGGCCAGAGCCGCCAUGAUGCGUCAUCGCUCACAGCUUUUAUGGUUUCGGUACCUCUACAUCGCCUUCUCCCGGUACAUGUUCAUCAACACGUUCCAAGAGAUUCCACAAGAGCUGAAGAAUCUGAAGUUCUACUAAAAGUUUGCUGAACUUUCAGCCUGCUUUUUAUAUUUCUGUGAAUAUUUUCAAAGGCACUUUUAUCAAA